AUAUAAGUUGAGGAGUUAAAAGUUGUUUUAGCCGAGGUUGUCUUGUCGGAAAGAUCUUGCUUCAGGCGAACAGGUUGAAACUGGGAAGAAGACACUGAAGCUUCAGGGUACAAAGACGAGCAACACUCUGAAUGCUGUACUGAUUGGAAUUUACCACCUGAAGAAAGGUGGAGCUGUGAGUUAUACAUGCAAGAAUGAUAAUAUUAGGCCAUUUGAAAGUGGGGGUGAAACUUCUUUGCAGUUCUUUUCUCUCAAGACCGAUUGCAGCCUUUUUGUGUAUGGUUCACACUCAAAGAAGUGACUGGACAAUCUUGUUAUAGGGUGGGCAUAUGAUCACAACAUUUAUGACUUGGUAGAGGUUGGAGUUGAAAACUUCAAAUCUAUGGAUUCAUUCACUUUUGACAAGAAACUAGUGCCCUGGGUUGGAUCAAAGCCUUUCAUUUCUUUUAUUGGAGAGGAAUUUGAGAGUGUGGACCAGCUAAAACAUUUGAAGUUUUGCUUGAUCUGUUUCGGGGAGAGGUUGUGGAAAAUUUAAAUCUUGUUGGGGUCAACUGUGCUUAUGUGUGUACAGCAUUGUCACCAAAUAGAGUGCUCCUUACACAUUGUGCAUUGCGGCUCAAAAAGUCUGGCACAGUAGUACCAAGGAUAAACUUGUGGAAGUAGGCCCUUCUAUGGAUUUGGUAGUUCGUCGCCAUUGCCUUCCAAAUGAAGGCUUGAGGAAAGAGGCUAUGAAAACAGGUAAAGAUCAGCCUAAGAAGAAGCAAGGAUGCCAUAGAAGGAAAGAUUGGAAAGAUUGGAAAGAUCUAGAUCAGAAAAUUGGAGAAAUGGCUCAUCCUAACAAAGCAAAAGGAGUGAAGAGAGAAUGUUGUGAAGCUAAGCAGAAAGUAGUUGAUGAACGUGCAUCAAAAAAGCAGAAGGAAGAUGCUGAAUAAUUCUUUGGAUGUGUGUUGUUACAGGAUAACUGUCUCACACUUACUUCCUACUCUAUUUUGCUCUGCGCCAUUCUACUUGCGAAUGGUAAUUCAUUGGAG